UGAUUGACCUGUGCACAAGGAAUUACGUCUUACUAAGGAAGCCAGUUUACUAGCUAGUCUACAUCCAUUAACAAUCGACUCCUUCAUUAACCUUCAAAGCUGCAACAAUGGCAGGCACUUUGGCUCGCAAAGCUGUUGACCAUCUCCGAAGCAAGGAAUUCAGGGACUAUUUGAUGAGCACGCAUUUCUGGGGACCAGUAGCAAACUGGGGGCUUCCUAUUGCAGCUCUCAGUGACAUGAAGAAAAGCCCAGAAAUCAUCAGUGGGAGAAUGACUUUUGCUCUCACCUGCUAUUCACUCUUAUUUAUGAGGUUUGCAUAUAAAGUUCAGCCAAGGAACUGGCUCCUUUUUGCCUGCCACCUGACUAAUGAAACUGCACAGCUCAUACAAGGAGGAAGACUGAUUAAGUACAAAAUGGAAAAAAAGCAAGCAUAACCAUGUGGACUUGGAACUUCAGAGAACAAAAUGAGUUGGCACCUCUGAUUUUUAUAUAGCCUAUUUACUUUCUACAUUAAAUGCCCAAAAUGCUAUUAAUAUCUUGACUGUUAUUAUUUGGCCAAUAUUCGAUGAUAGAAUCAAAUAUACCUAUGUUAAAACUUGAAGGUGUGGAGUUUUCUUUGGGAUAGUGACAUGGCAAUCAAAUGAUCCUGCAUUGCAUAUGGAUAAGUCCAAUAAUGUAUAACUACUUAUGAGUAGUACUAGUGUGUUCGGUAAACUGAGAAUGAAUUACCCAGAUUGAUAGUGUUAAUAUUGCACAGUAUUUCCCUGAAUCACCUUCUGCCAUCCUAUUAAAUUGGUUGUUAUCUAUCAUCAUUGUCACCUAUAUAUUCUGUUGUAUGUAUUAUCUAUAGUACUAAUUUAAAAUAUUUGUGCAAUGUAUUAAAACUGUUAGCUUCCAUGUAAUGUUCAAACAACCCUUUAAAUGUUACAAUACACAGUGUUGUCAUUUUCUCACAUAAGGAGAACAAGGAGGAUCAUGCAGGUUUAGUCACUUUAUUUUGUAUUUGAAAUA